AAUACCUCCUUUCAUAAAAACAUAUUAGUGACAAAAGACCAUAUUUUUCAGUCACAAUCAGAAUCAUCAACUCGUUGAAAUCAUUAAUGUUUCCUCACUCGAUUUACACACGUUUCGGUCAGCUCCUUUAACUAUCACAAUGUAUUCAACUGAUUCCGAGAAAGAAGUAGCGUCUAUCAUUACUUCCUGCAUUUUGUCCUAUGGAGGAGAUGGUAUACCCUUGGGUGAAAUCCAGGAAGAAUUCGAAGCUCUUUGUGGCUAUCCUAUUCCAUAUAAGGAAUUUGGUUUCGAUGACUUAAGCACAUUUUUGAUAACUCUACCAAAUAUUUAUAUCAUAAAGGACCAAUUUCGAAACGACAUCGUCAUCGAACAUAGCCCAAAAUUACACCACAUCAAACAGUUGAUUUCAAAGCAAAGGAAGUACAAAAGAAAGUAUCAAGUUGAAGAAAAUGAAAUACUCAAUCAAAACAAGAGAAGUAGGACAGCCAGCGUGAAAUCCUUGCCUCGAGGAGCCUCGAUCCAUUCUUCUUUCAAUGUGAGAAAUUUGAAUGAUUCCGUAAGAUUUCAAGAGUUCAAUAGACUGGAAGGAAUGUUACCUAUACUCUACAAGCAUCAAGCAUUAGGGGAUGAUUUUUUUGUUGAUUUAGCUGAUAAAAAAUUAGGCUGCUACGUAUCCGAUGAAGAACCUAAAAAAUGUGGUAUGUGUGAGGUAGGAUUGACAAUUGCAAGUUUGACAGAAAAAGUAGAAAACGCCCAGCAAAUUGCCCCAAGAGUUGUUAUCAUGAUUGGAAUGAAUGAUCUAUUAAUGGGUAGAAAUGCCAAUAACAUGAUCAUAGACUUAAGGAAGUUAGUAUCAGAAUUAAAGAAGAAAAAUACACGAGUCACAAUAGUAACACUGAUACCAUCACCAAAACUAAAAAUGAACAAAACCUUGCAAAUACGCAUGGACAUUUUCAAUAAGUCAGUAAUCGAAUAUGGUACAGAUUUCGAAUUACAAUGCAACAUAAUAGACAUGAACAAGAUUUUCGAGAUGGAAAUUAAAUCGUUCAAGAAAGACUUUGACAGAUUGGAGAAAACCUGUCGUAAUGAUCAGUAUCGAGUAUUUUCUGAUUACGGUAGGAAAAUAUUCUUGAAUGCUCUUAAAACUUGUCUCAGAGAACAAGUUAAUCAUGGACAUUAGUAGUUCAUUACACAUAUAUAAACUAGAUACUUGUUUGAAGUUAUUGUCUUGCUCAUGAUACAGAUUCAGAGUUAUUGCAACAAUUCAUCAGAACCACUUGCUCAGAGCUAUAGUUUGAUAUUUCCUACAAAGGAGUUAUAUAAUAAAAACUGAAUCUAUACACAAUUAGACUUGGCAAGAUGGUAUUAACUUUGUUUCAACAUAGAAUAUAUAUGUAUAGCUUUUUUUUUAUUGUUUGUUAUUUGUUAGUGUUAAGAUGAAAUUAGACAUGCAGGAACAUAUAUUUGAAAGAUAACAUUUCUUAGUUGAAAUAAAUUGGUUGAAAAUUG